UAUAAUACACAAACGUGUUUUUUAUCUACCAAAUCACCGAGUUGACUACUUCUAUUCAUUUGCUCGAUUCGUUUAUAAUUAACUUUUAUUUAGCCACUUAUUUUAAUAUUUUCUAAAUAAAAAUGGCUCUCUGUGUUUGUAAAUGCCUUAAUGUAACAAUAAAUUGUGCUAAAGUAGAAGAAAUAAGUGAAAUUGAGAGACGGGACCUAUCGUCGACCGAACAAAGAGAUAUUUUUUUCAAUGAGAACUUGAUUUCUUGCCAACUGAGUACUUUGAAGAGUACUAUCAUCCAACCAUCACUUAUUAGCAGCAGGCCUGCUGGGCAGUGGUCACUAGAAUCAUGCUUGGCAUGUGGUGUGACAUUUGUGGCUAAACAUCAAGAGAAAGAUCUUGCCCUUAUUAACACAUCUUUACAGACUACUCAAGAGAACAUAAAUAACUUGAAGAAAUCAAGCAGCUAUUCCCCUGUAUUUAACUUAUUGGUCCCAGAAUCAAAUAUUAGCAUAGACUUCAAAGAAAAUGUAGACACAAACAACAUACUGAGUAAUAAGACAACAUUAUCUUCAAUGGCAGCGGUUGGUUUACGAAAGCAGCUAAAUAAGUCUCUACAAAAUCAAUUAGAAACUAUUGAAGAAAUGGUAAGGCAAUACAAAGAGCAGAAGUAUGCAGAAUAUGAAGCAUACAGAGAACGAGCACAAAAGGAACACAAAAUUUUAAGCAGUAUAAUAAGCAAAGCACAAUCGAACGAAAGUGAAGGCUGGAACAGCAACGUGGUCAAUGGGCCACCUUCCCCCCUUGCUCCUCCCCUUCAGAGAAGAAGGCUUUCGUCUAUUAAGGACAGCAAGAAGUUCUCGCACAAUAUUAAGGCCAGAGAGCAAAUUCCACAAGAGGAAGACUCUUUGGAUGCUGAGGACAUCUUCGACCUUGAAGGCAUGGACUCUCGCAACAUGGUGUCAGACUUUGAUGAUUAUGAUUCUGAUCCCGAGGACAGCAACGACGAAGGCAUCCACAUCUCUCGAGGCCGCGCAGGCGCAGGUGUGGACGUAGCGCGCUCUUUGCCCGUCAACGUGCCCAACUUCCCCGAGAGGAACACGCAACUCGAUCUCGACGAUUAUGAGGAGCCACAGGACAUAGCUGCCAGCAUCAAGGCAUUGGCUCGUUCGGUCCACGGCGACGUUUUCGAGUUGCCCAGACCGCGAUUUUCCACUCAAAUCUAGUGGGUUUCCUCCCACAGCUUCCCUUUAGAAAUUAUCUCGAUUUAAGCUCUGUGUCAUGAAUAUGAUCGCGGUCAACCAAACUGCUUCGAGUCUGCUGUUUAUAAUCUAUGAAAUGCCUGCAUUCGCGGCGUUUUGAUAAAACCACACAAACCAGAAUUAUUUUGUAUAUUCUUUUUUUUAGCAUUUUGGCCAAAAGACGUCUAGUCCAAAAAUAUAUAAAUCUAAUUAUGUAGUAUUUGAACUUGAAUUCGUUGAAGAAGCUGGCAAAUUCGUUGCCUUUUAGCUUUGUUCAUAAAAAUUGGCGUUUAACGAUAACGAACGAUUUAUAACAAUACUACUACAAUGGGCAGCCCAUAAUUGCAAAUAGCAGACACGGUGUCGGAAGCUCAAAUCACGCUCAAACUUUAACCGGAAAUAGUACAAAGUGAUAAGACUUCAAAAAUGAUCUCAAAAAUUUCUCGCUUUAAACCGGAAUCAUAUUUGUGUCACAUUUGACCUACUCCUGAGGAAAAUGAAGUCAAUAUAGUGUAACAGAGUGCUUGUAUACAUUGGUGCUUCGAUGUGAUCUGUGACCCUAACUCUGAUUUGUCAAUUGUCAAAUUGACGUCCCGCAUAGUUCUAUUGUUUGCACAUUAUUAUGCCGUGAAGAAAGUUUAAUUCAUAUCUUGUCAAGUUUUGCGAGCAAAAACUCAUUAAAAACUUUUUUUUACUUUGCAUUUUAUACUCAACUUUUUGAAGUGUAUGCACUAAUUGAAAUGUAGUUUAUAAGCAUGAGGCUAUUAAAAUAGUACCAAAAACAUUUUUACUUCAUAGUACAGUGUUAAUGAAUAAAACAAAAUUAAACUACAUAGUGUAAUCAAUAAUGAUAUAAAACCGUUUAUAUAAGUGGUAGAAUGUGGUAAAAUAUUUAAUAAGGUUUAUUCACCAGUGUUUUACCAUGAGCGGUCAAGGCAGGACGAAGCACAAGAAAAUAAAUAAUGCCCAAUUUAGCUAUUGCAUUGUCUUAAUAUGGACCUUGCAACAAUCUCAUAUCUAACAGUAAUGUUUUAUCAGUCUGGUUGUGAUAGUCAUGGUAUCUCCCUGGUCUACAGUUGUAUAAGAAUAUUUUGGCACUUGAAUAACGUGUAUAUGUGUGUAUUACGCAGACAUUAAUCGACCUUAGCCGUUUAGAAAUACAUUUCAAUGUUCAAUGUGACAAAAAUACUUGUGACAUUGUAUGUUGUACUAUAAAAAUUAUAAAUUGAUCUAGUUGUAAUUUUUGGGUGAAAAUUAAAUUUUAAUGUGGUUUAAUUUUGUAAGUCAAUGUGUGAAUGAUUAUUGAGUGUUACUUUGUUAUAAAGGGCUUUUUUGAAAAUGUGCUAAGUCAUUUUUUUCUUUUAAAUUUGAAUAAAAAAAAAUUACAAUUGGUUUUUUUGUAUAUAAAAUUAUUUUCUUUAUAUGGACAGAUAAAAGAUGACAAGUUAGACACUUGGCACAUUUCCAAAAGCCUGCAAUUUAAUGAAUCAUAGUCAUCUGUUAAAGAUCAAUUCAGAGUAUUCUAUUAGUUUAUCAUGUUAUCAUAGUGAUAAGUCAAAAUUGUACAAAAAUGUUAUCCAUCAUUUACUAGUCUUUAGGGUCACUUUAAUAAAUUUGACAUUGCGUUUGAACUGAUAUUGUAAAUAAGAUUUCCUGAUUGUAUGGUCUAAAAUUAUACCCCAUAUUUUUAUAUACACUAUUUUGAAUGGUAAACAGCAAGGUACUGAGGAGUGGGCAGAAGAGUGUUUAGUUAAGAAUAUUAUUUGAUACAAAGGUAUAUUUUAGUAAGUGUAAUCGUUUAUUAUGUAGUCUGUGGUCAGUGUCUUCCAACACUGUUUAUAUGUUUGUGUUUAGCGUAAGUGAUAUGUCGAUUCAGUAGUUUUUUUAUGUUUUGGUGUGACGACAAUGAGAAGGAACUUGAUUGUAAUGGAUUACUGAUUUAUGGAAUAAAAAUGGAAAAUGUCUCA